AUGUUCCUAAGCUCGGGCAAGAUUAUCCAUAUCAGCUCAAUCUUCAACCUACAUCUUUCGCCUCUGACACAUUCGCCUCAGGAUUUGUGGUGCUUGGAUAUGGAAAAACAUGUAUGCAGUGAGGAGUUACUGAGCACGUGGAAACCACGCUGUAACUCAGUAGUGGAGGAUUACAACCGGCUUGUUUUGACGGAACAAGGGCGGCGGAUGUUCAAGCAGUUUGGGUGCUCUGUUGUUUGGGGUUCAGAAGCACUGAGUCUCUGGCAAAACACUUUGGCUAUGCAGGAAAAAUAUCUCAUUCCCCCAGACGGCAUCCGCAACUUUGGGCUCAAAAGGCUCUCGGCAACUUGUAGUUUUCGAGUCCCUGAAGUGCAACAGUGUCAACCUCGGUCGACUGGCACUCCAUCUGGAAGAACUGAGGCUGCUACAUUCCAAGAGGAGAUUGAGAACAUUCACAAUGAAAGCCGUGCUCGCCCUGUCGUUCAAGCAGCAUGGCCUACUGAGUUGACGACGUCGUGCAUAACUCACUGGCAGAAUCCAACCUACCUCAUAGCCAAGUUCGCGCUUUCCAUUGCUGGAGGCUUGCUUAUUGGCUUCACGUUCUACAUGACCAGCGACUCGCUCCAUGGUAUCCAGAACAAGCUCUUUGUGAUCUUUUUAGCCUCGGUGCUUUGUGUUCCCCUCUCGCAACAGCUUCAGGCAAUGUUCAUCAACAUUCGGACUGUCUAUGAAAUUAGAGAGCCCCCAAGCAGGAUGUACAACUGGACCACUCUCAUUGUCAGCCAAUUUCUGGUCGAGCUCCCAUGGAACAUUAUGUGCUCGUCACUCUUCUUUUUUUGCUGGUACUGGACUGUCGGGUUCCCCAACGAUCGCACGGGAUACACUACCUCAUAUAUGGCGGUCGCUUCCAUGGCUCCAACCGCUGUGAUCAUGUCACUUCUGUUCAGUGCGCUGUUCUCGUUUGUUGUUUGGAUGUACCACGUCCCCCCUUUCACUUACUUCAUGAGGGUCUGCUUGGUCAAGGUGCACGUGAGCAUGAAAAUUGCACAAACCUGCAAGGCACACAAUUAG